AUAAUUUAAAGCGAAAACAAGUGAAAAGUGAUCAAACUUAAUAAUAUUUUUAAUAAAAUGAAUUCGUUUUUUUAAUAACAGAAAUAUAUACAAAAGGAUAAAAUCGCAAUGUCGUUUAAGAGGUUAAAAGUUCGUAGCGAUCUGCUUCCGCAAGCUACCAAUCCCACAAGUGAGUGCACCAGAUGCGUUAAUUUUCAAGAACAAUUUAAUGAAAUUAAAGAACGCGAUGAAAACUUGAAAUUAUCUAUGUUAGACAAGUUGGAGCAAAUCGAAAAAAACCACCUUUUACAAAGCAAAGCUGUUAUGGCAGUUUUGGCAGAACAUAAAAUUUUAAUCAGCAAGCUAAUUCGCCAGGAAUCUCUCGCUGCGCCCAUUGGCGACCUCUUUCCAAUUUGUACCGAUGAAGCUUUAGCCGCCGUAGAUGAAAAAAUAUUUCAGGACAACCGAGACAUUUACGUUUCCAUGAUGAGAAAACUCUUUCAGUAUUCCGCCCAUAAAAAUUUCAGAAACAUUCUCGCCGAAUCGAUGAUAAUACGAUAUAACAUAGAUGGUACACAUGGAAAACAAAGCCUGAAGUCUUUUAAAAAAUGUUAUGCUGCGCUUUUAGAUGCCAUUUCGCAAUUACCAGGUGUUACUAAUCCAGAAGAGCAAUUACGCCGUGCUUUCAGGGUUCAAAAAAAGCGCCACUUUAAAAAUGCAGCAACACCAAAUAAUCAGUAAUUAAUUUCUGAACUGAAUAAUUAAUAUAACGCCUUAUUCACACCUUGGACUGAAUCCUUAAUAUAAUUAUAAGAAAAGAAAGUACAAACUUAAGUUAUUUACUGAAUUUUGGCAUAAGAGCUUAACGUAUAUUUGCAAGUUUAAAAUGUAAGCGUAUAUAUAAAA